GUCGGUACGUUUAUUUGAGCUACAAGGUUUCACGGGCGACAACUUAUCGAUAAAGCAGACGUGAUAGGCGCUGUCUUGAGAUUUAAUGAUCUGAACGUAUCAUAAAAUUUAUAUUAUAAAACUUCGUAAUGUGACAUCCUAAAAUGGCAAUUAGCAAUAUUUCGAGGUGUUUUCAUUUUGCACCACGGAUGUGUUAUAGGCAGACCUUUAUAGAUAUAUCAGUGUAGCACCAGUGAAUGUGUGCCAACUCUUAGAAUAAAAAGUCACCAAGUGCAGUCUGCUUACCUCUGCUUCAUCAGUGGGUAACUAGGUUUACGGUGUUGUUGAGUGUUGUGUUAGGUUGUGUAUUCGCAUGAUGGACUAGUCAAUUGUUAUCUGUACACCGCUCCAAGUCGAAAUCUAUUCAUUGAAGCUUUGAUAACAAUGAGUGAUAAUUCGGGAUCCGUAGGAUACGAUACGCCUUCAGAUGCAUCGUACAGAAUCUACGCCAGUAUUUCCUUCGCGAUCCUGCUACUUGGCGUUGGCGUGCCGUUAUGGUGGCACACGACGGCUGUACCGAGGGUGACACUUCCCUACGAUGGAAUCGCACAAUUGAGCAACUUGGACAUCAAGAUCAGCACGAGAAUUUUGGUAGCUGCCUUGACUGAAAAUCGUGCCAAAUUAUUAGUCGAAGAAAUAAACCGCGAGCUCAAGUCAGCCGAACUCUACAAUCUUCAGAUCUCACAUGCCGUAAUUUCAAGUAAUUUAAUAUCCUCGGCAAUUACUAUACACGAUCUUGAAAAAAUAGCAAUUAAUUUCGACGUUCAAGUCGGCGAAUUGCUUUUACUUGAAGUACCGAAUCUGAGUGAUGGUGUUCUCGCAGGCUCUCACAGAACAAUAUUCUUCUCACCUGAAGCGAGUGGGUUGAAACUAACUCAAGUACUAUCUAACUGGAUCUUACUAAACAAAUCAGUGGCUUUGACAAGGAACGCGUUGGCUGAACCUACUCAAUUCAGCUUGGAUAAACAAAAUAGAAGACGGUUUCCCGCUAGUUCAGCCUAUGAUGUUCUCCUUACUCUCGUCAACCCAUAUCCGGACAAACUGACAGUCGAUUGGCAUUUGCCCAAUGUCAUAAAAGAAUACAUCGAACCAUUCCUGGAUGAACUUUCGGUGGUGGCGAACUUCACGGUUAAAUCGCAAUGGCUGUACCUUGUUCCAUUGGAUGUAACGCCAAAACAGAUACCUGACAGUAGUGUGCUUGGCAGACACUAUGCGUUACCAGAAGAUGUGUUGCCACAGAUUAUAACACCACUAGAAAAGAAAUUAGCAUCACAAGUCAGCCUCAAUCCAUGUAUCAAUUUGGUGAUGUAUACACCUCCGUGUGACAAAGCACCGCUUCAUAUUUACACACGUAGUGGUCACCGAUCAAAAACGUCAAGCAACGUUGAGGCUUUUCUCUCCCCGAGGUGGGGUGGCGUUGUGAUAGCUAAUCCUCCAAUCGAGUCUUGUAUAGACGUGGAAGAUAAUCAAAUGGUUACAUUCAGUCCAGAAGCAUCCAGUAUUAUGGGCGUAUUCAUUGCCCAUCUCAGACUACUACUAGGAAUCCCAGACAAGGAACCUAUCGCUGGAGCAGCAUUGGUCCGACUAGACAAUUCAAAACCACGUGAAUGGGAAUUAGAUGCUCUGCUUAGAAUCCGAGCUGUAGAGCAACUGACCUCAGCUAAACUUACUUUACAAUCUUUGGCUCAAUUGUUGGAAGAAAUUAGCAACAUUGUGAUCACAGAUACAGUUGGCGAUAGAAUAAAUGGGGCUCUAAAGUGGGUCGAAGAUUCCGCCGACAAGCUGAGACACGGUAAACUAAUGGAAGGUUUCGCUUCAAGUAAAGAAGCUUUUGUUACUGCCGAAGCUGCGUUUACCGACCCAUCUCUUCUGGCUCUACUGUAUUUUCCCGACGACCAGAAGUAUGCAGUGUAUAUUCCACUAUUUCUGCCUGUCAUGAUACCCGUACUACUGUCUCUGAGAAACAUAUGGAGGUAUUUUUUCUCAAAAACCGAGGAAAAUGAAACCAAUAAGGGCGAACUGACUGAGGAAACCAAAGAGAUUGAUAAACCUAAGACUGACUAAUAUUUUUUGGCUUUUCAAAUAACGUUAGGUCAGUCAUUCGGAUAAAGAUGCAUGUCAGUUAGAAAUUAUUGACAUACCUUUGUAUAACUGGAAACAAUGUUCAUAUUCAGAACUAAAUAAGACAACUUCGGACUCCAGUUUAUCUGCAGUUAAAAAAUUUGAAUGCAAAAAUUCAACAGCCACUAAGACUGUACUUGCUUGGCAGUUGUGUGAAUUCUAAAUAGUCACAAAAUCUAUAUGUUUUUUCCUUAUUGUCUAUUAUUGUUCCCAUGUAACCAAUAUAAGGAGUAUCCCACGUGAAAUGGUACGGGUUUUGGCCGAUGGUCAGCGAAUGUGACAUCCGGCUAGCAUCUUAUCCCUUAAUAUCCUGUGAAGGGUCUUCCAUAGUUUUGAGUCCCAAAUAAUUCUCGACUUCCCGCAAAUCGCGAUUGUAGAAUUUUCCUUAGGAUCUACUCGCUUCACUUGAAAAUUUUACUGAACAUAAUUCGAAUUAUGAAAAAAGUGUGAUAUAAUUUUCUUGUUCGCCUACAAUAAAGUACUGAAAAAAAACUUUUUUCAAUUUUCAAUCAAAUUUUUACAAUAAUUUAUUGCCGCUAAACAAAAAAAAAAAAUUACACCACACUUUUUUCGAAACUUGAACUAUGUUUAAUAAGUGAAUCGAGUAGAGCCUAAGCAACAUUCUUCAAUCACGAUUUUUGGGGAGUCCAGAAUUAUUUGGGACUCAAAACUAUAGAAGAUUCUUCACAAGGUAGUAAGGAAUAAGAUUCUGGCCGGACGUCACGUUCGCUGACCAUCGGCCGAAACCUAUCGCGUUUCGUGUCGAAUACCCCAUAAGUUCAUUUAAUUUACAUGUGAAAUGUGGUAAACACGUAUUUUCAUGCUACGAAUUACAUACCUACUCCGUUUUCAUAAAAUGAUAUUGAAGGGAUAACAACUGGAAAAUUAUGAUCAAAUACCCGAAUAAACCUUUUGUUAACCUUUGAUAUUAUUUAUCACUAUACUACCUCACUGCGAAUAAACUAAAACUCCUAAGUCAUUUAAGCAUGUGAAAAAUAUAAACCUGAUUUCUAAUUUCUACUUUAAUUUGUAUUCAACUUCUUUUUCCUUUUUCCACCAUUAUAAACGCAAAACAUUCAGAGAAACUACAGAUAACACAUAUAAUUUUCGAAUGAUUUGUGAAUAUAAUUACUUAGUUUGAAGAUUGAUUUAUUGAAUCAUGUUUGAUAUUAUACAGGUCUUUCAAAAUUUUAGUUGGUGUCAUAGAGUCAAUACAAGUAUUGGCUGCAUUUUCUAUUACUUUUUUUUUUUUUGUUCACGUAUUAAGAUUUCCUGUAUAUCAAAUAUUUCAAAUUGCACACAAGUGAUUUAAAUAACAUUACAUCUAAUUGUACAUAAUAUAAUAGUUCACUUAAAAAGAAACAUUUCUUUCAUUUAAUACGUAAAAAGUAAAAGCUACGCAAAACUUAUACUAUAUUUAAAAUUUAUUCAUUAACUUUUCAUUUUAUGAAAUAAAUUCAGUCUCCUUUUUGUAAGGUCUUAAAGUGGGACUUCUUUUAUAAACUGAUUUUUGAAAUUUUUUUUUGAUUGUUCUACCUAUUGUGAUUUACUUCAAGAAUACUCCUACUUUGAAAAGAAGCAGGUUCAAGGCAAAUGAAUCAUAU